CUCACAAACUCUAGAAGCACACAUCAGUCCUCCACCUCGCUCGUGCGCCACACCAGCUACGCAGCAGCCAUGGAGGCGAGCACGACGAAGCUCCGGCCACUCCUGCUGACCUUCCUCCUCCUCAUCACCACCGCCAUCGCGGCACCCACCCUCGCCUGCGACGAGUGCCACAAGCCCCCCAAGGCCCCCAAGCCUUCCCACCCGCCCAAGGCCAAGGCCCCCGCCCACCCGCCGAAGAGCCGCGUACCUUGCCCUCCGCCGGUCUACGGCCCGCCCCAUGGCCACGUACCUCGCCCGCCGGUCGUCGGCCCGCCCAAGGGCCACCUCCCUCGCACGCCGGUCGUCAGCCCGCCCAAGGGCAACGCCCCUCACACGCCGGUCGUCGGCCCGCCCAAGGGCCACGUCCCUCGUCCGCCGGUCUGGUCCCAUCCCGCGCCCGCCGGUCACCACUCCUCCCGUCGUCGUCGGGCCGCCGGUCACCUUCCCGCCCAUCACCAACCCUCCCGUCGUCGGCCCGCCGAUCACGUACCCCGCGCCACCGGUGAUCGCCCCUCCGGUCACCACUCCCCCGUCGCCGCCGGUCACCACUCCCACUCCCCCGUCGACGCCGGGGACAACUCCCCCGUCGACGACGCCGGGGACCACUCCCCCGUCGACGCCGGGGAGCACACCGUGCGGCUGCGGCUCGCAGCCGCCAGCGCCAGCGCCGCCGGCGACGCAGACGUGCCCGGUGGACACGCUGAAGCUCGGGGCGUGCGUGGACCUGCUGGGCGGGCUGGUGCAUAUCGGCCUGGGCGACCCGGUGGUGAACCAGUGCUGCCCGCUGCUGGAGGGGCUGGUGGAGCUGGAGGCGGCGGUGUGCCUCUGCACCACCAUCCGGCUCAAGCUCCUCAACAUCAACCUCGCCCUGCCCCUCGCCCUCCAGCUCCUCCUCUCCUGCGGCAAGACCCCGCCACCCGGCUUCACCUGCUCCAUCUAUGGUACCAAGAGGAUCUUCUGUGGUGGUAAUUUGCAGUGGUACCAAGAGGAUCUUUUUGGCCCCGUGCAGUGGGUGGUGAUUGGUGAAGCUUCGAACAACACAUCACAGUCCACGGUAGGUCACUCAGUCACAGACGCACAAUUUGAAAACCCUAGCCACCAACGAGAUCACGGGCCUCCAAUCGCAAGCAACCAGCUAGCUCGCUCUAUAAAACUACAGUACUCAGAAACCCUAGAAGCACACCCACCACUCCUCCUGUCCACCACCACGCUCGUUCACUACUACCACCAGCUGGCAGCCAUGGCGGCGAGCACGAAGAAGCUCUACCCGCUCCUGCUCACCCUCCUACUGCUCCUCACCACCGCCGCCGCGGUGCCCGCCAUCGACUGCGACUGCGGCAACCCCAAGGCCCCCAAGCCCUCCCACCCGCCCAAGACCAAGCCCCCCACCAAGGGCCCCAAGCCGGGACCCAAGGGCCCCACCUACCCGUCGCCGGCGCCCAAGGGUCACCUCCCGCACCCGCCGGUCGUCGGCCCGCCGAAGGGCCACGUCCCUCGCCCGCCGGUCGUCGGUCCUCCGAAGGGCCACGUCCCUCACCCGCCGGUAGUCGGACCUCCGAAGGGCCACGUCCCCCGCCCGCCGGUCUACGGUCCGCCCAAGGGCCCCAUCACGCGCCCGCCGGUCACCGCUCCUCCCGUCGUCGUCGGGCCGCCGGUGACCUACCCCACGCCGCCAGUGACUGCCCCGCCGGUCACCUACCCCGCGCCGCCUGUGACCGCCCCUCCGGUCACCUACCCGGCGCCACCAGUGACCACCCCUCCAGUCACCUACCCCGCGCCGCCGGUGACCAACCCCCCGGUCACGUACCCGUCGCCUCCGGUGAACACGCCAUGCCCUCCUCCGCCUCCGGCGACGCCCGCGGCGCAGACGUGCCCGGUGGACUCGCUGAAGAUCGGCGCGUGCGUGGACCUGCUGGGCGGGCUGGUGCACGUGGGCCUCGGCGACCCGGUGGUGAACAAGUGCUGCCCGCUGCUGGAGGGGCUGGUGGAGCUGGAGGCGGCGGUGUGCCUCUGCACCACCAUCCGGCUCAAGCUCCUCAACAUCAACCUCGUCCUGCCCCUCGCCCUCCAGCUCCUCCUCACCUGCGGCAAGACCCCUCCCCCCGGCUACACCUGCUCCAUCUGAUCGAGCUAAGCUCGGUAAGUCGGUGCACGUGGAGAUGGUGGAUCAUGGAUGGAUCGACAUGAGAGGAUGUCGAACGUGGUCGUAGUACGUAGCGAGCAAGAAGAAGAGAUUGAUCGAUCAGCUAUGAAGGGAUCGAUGAGUACGCGUUUGUUUUUCUUCAUUUCUUGUGGUUUCCUUUUUGUGUUUGGUUAUUAGGUCAGGUCUGUGUGCUCUGGUUUGGCCGAUGCAAGAGGUGAUAAUCGGUGUGUUUACUGAUUAAUUAAUUGUGUGGUCACAGACUCACAGCUGAUGGCCAAUUGGUUAAGCUAGCAGACACUAGUACUAGUAAAGAUUCCAUGUCCUGAAAUAAUUCACAGAGCUGUUCCAGAGUGA